UAUGGCUGACGGUAAAACAAAAUGAGCAAACUAUGUAAUAGUAAACAUAUUUGUACAACUGUUUGAGUGUAAAAUUUGUUUGGCAAAACAUUUGUGCGAUACAAACGAUCACGAUGAAUAUGUCUGUGGAGAAGAAGAAAUACGCUUCAGCCUUGCCGAUCAGCUGGCAAAGAGAAGAGCGAAAAAGUCAGAGCCAGUUGCCAUCCACGGGGAAGGAUUAUUAUUAUAAUCGUAAUAUCAGAAAUGACGCGUCGUUGGUUCCACCGAUUAGGCAAACGGCAUCAAUUUUCAAGCAACCGGUGACAAUUAUCAAAUCACAGGAAGGAAAAGUAAGAGAUGCCAAACAUGGCACUCAGGAUAGACCAAAGCAGGAAGGAGUUGAUAAAACUGACAGCAAGUAUGCCUCUCAAGAUAAGCCUAAGCAGCUGUUCUGGGAAAAACGAUUAGAAGGAUUGCGCGCUUGUGAUCCGGACGGUUACGAAUUUGAUGCCAUGGAUCUGCCAAAGAACUUAAAACCAGUAGGACCGCAUAUCACAGAAGAGACUCUGUUGCAAAGUGUGGCCACCGCGUUACAUGUAUCUUCGCAACCAGUUACAGGGCAAACUGGACCUAAAGCGGCUUUGGAGAAAAAUCCCGGAGUAUUUCUCAAUCCCGAUCAACCGCUCGUUCAGGCUGUCUCGAUAGCGGACGAAGACAUAAAGAAGCAAGAAGAUCGAGUGGCUGUAGCGAGGAAGAAAUUACAGGACGCUUUACGUGCCCUUCAGACUUAAAUUGUAGGAUCUUAUAUUGUAUAUAUUUUUAUUACCUUUCUGUAGGUUUAAGUUCGUUUACACAUUUUAUCAAGCCAUGUUUUCUACUUAACGUUUUUGUAAAAAAAAAAAAAAAAAAAAAAAAAAAACAAGAAAAAGAAGAGAGAAAAGGAUGAUGAAAAAAUGUCAACGGAAUAAAAUGCAACGUCGAUUCCAACUCUUUCGAAAUAAAUUUCAAAACAAGUUUUCCAACUACGGCGGAGCAUCGCAACGGGAUCGAAACAGCUGAAUCGUGUCGAAAGACGUGUCUUACUCGGUAAGUCUUAUUUCUAUUGCAAUACGAGAGAAAAUUAAUUGGAUUAGAGUAAAUAUAAAUUCGAUGACGUUUUAAACGGCGUGUACACUGCCAUCUGCCCAAUAUUUCCUGUGACACGCGAGAAAUCGAUUAUGGUCACGGAAAUUACCAAUUUUCUCGGAUUUACUUUCGACAGAUGGUAAGAGUGUAACAUAUAUACGGUUCAGAAAUACAUAAUGUGUCCCGAAUUCAUAACAUUAGAAAUAAAAUCAAUUACUUCGAAUAUUAUAUUAAACGAUACAUUUUUGGAUCCUCUCUCAGAUAUCUCGACAAUUUGUGCGAUUCGGAAAGGAUAAUUCACGGAAUUGAAAAACGUGUUGGCAAAUCGUUAAUCAUGCAAAAGGUUGCCAUCAUCCGAUUUAGAAUCGCUCACGAAAAGUGACCCUCGUUAAAAUAUCGUUUUCGAUUUGUCACGGGAAAUAGCCUGCUGUUCAAUUCUCUUUUCCGUGAAACGGAUCGACGUAAAGAAAAAUAUACGAAAAAUUUUGAAAAUUA